ACCAAUCAGAUGAGAGAACUGGAAUUUACAGCCACGGACGGUGAUCGUGUUCUUCCGGGACGAAAAAUGGCUUCUCUGGACAGGGUGAAGGUGUUGGUGUUGGGAGAUUCAGGUGUAGGGAAGUCAUCGCUGGUCCAUCUGCUGUGCCAGAAUCAGGUUUUGGGAAAUCCGUCCUGGACUGUCGGCUGCUCUGUGGAUGUGAGGGUUCAUGACUACAAAGAGGGGACGCCCGAGGAGAAAACCUUCUACAUUGAACUCUGGGAUGUUGGUGGAUCUGUCGGCAGCGCCAGCAGCGUUAAAAGCACCAGAGCCGUCUUCUACAAUUCAGUUAAUGGCAUUAUAUUGGUGCAUGAUUUGACAAAUAAGAAAUCAUCUCAGAAUCUUUACCGCUGGUCGCUGGAGGCUUUGAACAAAGACUCCUCUCCAACAGGAGUCAUCGUCUCUAAUGGCGACUACGAUGCAGAGCAGUUUGCCGAGAACCCUGUGCCUUUGCUGCUGAUCGGCACCAAAUUCGACCAAAUCCCCGAGAACAAGCGCAACGACGUCCUCACCCGAACGGCCUUCCUGUCUGAAGACUUCAACGCAGAGGAGAUCAACCUGGAUUGCACCAACCCGAGGUACCUCGCUGCCGGCACGUCGAACGCCGUGAAGCUCAGCAGGUUCUUUGACAAGGUUAUAGAGAAGAGGUACUUCACAAGAGACCCAAGUCAGAUGGUGGGCUUCACAGACAGGAAACGCUUCAACUUCAAAAGCUUGCACUAUGACUGAAAAGCCAUGAAAACAACAGCGUUGCUCUGUGGUUUGGUUAGACCCGCUGUGGCCCUUUACGCCGCAAGCCAACCAUCUCACUCGUUAACACACACUUUCAUUUUCUGCUCUCCUUCUGCCCAUGUCUGCACCUCAUAGCCAUGUAUGCUUUAUGUACAACCUGAGUGACCUUUGUACUCUUUAUUCUGGAAGUUUUUCAUCUGCUAAUGAGAUUUGUAGUUGAGGAAAAUUGACACAUGGAUUGUAAAAAAAAAAAAAGAGUGCAGCACAAACUCAGCUGACUGAUAAAAUGGGCACUCUUGCAAGUCUUACAC